ACCGGGGGGCGGGGGCGGUCGCGCACGUGACCGGGGCGGGGCGGGGCCGGAGCGGCCGCCAUGCACCGCCGAGGGCCGGCCUGCGGGCUGCUGCUGCUGACCCUGGUCGUCUGCUGCUGGCACCGGGCGCGUCCCCGGAACGUGCUGCUGCUCCUCGCGGAUGACGGAGGCUUCGAGAGUGGCGCCUACAACAACAGUGCCAUCAGCACCCCACACCUGGACGCCCUGGCCCUCCGCAGCCUGACCUUCCGCAAUGCCUUCACCUCCGUCAGCAGCUGCUCCCCCAGCCGAGCCAGCCUGCUCACCGGCCUGCCGCAGCAUCAGAACGGGAUGUACGGCCUGCACCAGGACGCCCACCACUUCAACUCCUUCGACGAGGUGCAGAGCCUGCCGCAGCUGCUCAGCCGAGCCGGCGUUCGCACGGGCAUCAUUGGGAAGAAGCAUGUAGGGCCGAAGACGGUGUACCCUUUCGACUUUGCGUACACGGAGGAGAAUAGCUCAGUCCUCCAGGUGGGACGGAACAUCACCAGAAUUAAGCUGCUGGUCCGGAAGUUCCUGCAGACUCGGGACGACAGGCCCUUCUUCCUCUACGUCGCCUUCCAUGACCCUCACCGCUGUGGGCACUCGCAGCCCCAGUACGGGGCCUUCUGUGAGAAGUUUGGCAACGGCGAGCGCGGCAUGGGGCGGAUCCCAGACUGGACCCCGCGGACCUACGACCCACGGGACGUGGUGGUGCCGUACUUUGUCCCGGACACUCCCGCAGCCCGAGCUGACCUGGCGGCUCAGUACAGCACCAUCGGCCGCAUGGACCAGGGGGUUGGACUCGUGCUCCAGGAGCUGCGCACAGCAGGUGUCCUGAAUGACACCCUAGUGAUCUUCACGUCCGACAACGGGAUCCCCUUCCCCAGCGGCAGGACCAACCUGUACUGGCCGGGCACAGCCGAACCCUUGCUGGUGUCGUCCCCAGAGCACACGAAGCGCUGGGGUCAGGUCAGCGAGGCCUACGUGAGCCUCUUAGAUCUCACGCCCACCAUCUUGGACUGGUUCUCCAUCCCCUACCCGAGCUAUGCCAUCUUUGGAUCAAAGCCUGUCCGGCUCACUGGCCGGUCCCUCCUGCCGGCGCUGGACACAGAGCCGCUCUGGAACACCGUCUUCGGCAGCCAGAGCCAUCACGAGGUCACCAUGGCCUACCCCAUGCGCUCCGUGCACCACCGGACCUUCCGCCUCGUGCACAACCUCCACUUCAAGAUGCCCUUUCCCAUCGACCAGGACUUCUACGUGUCGCCCACCUUUCAGGACCUCCUGAAUCGCACCGUGGCCGGCCGCCCCACGGGCUGGUAUAAAGAUCUCCACCGCUACUACUACCGGGAGCGCUGGGAGCUGUAUGACAGGAGCCAGGACCCCCACGAGACCCGGAACCUGGCUGCCGACCUCCGCUACGCGCAGGUCCUUGAACUGCUGCGGACCCAGCUGGCCAAGUGGCAGUGGGAGACCCAUGACCCCUGGGUGUGCGCCCCUGACGGGGUCCUGGAGGAGAGGCUCUCCCCCCAGUGCCGGCCCCUCCACAACGAGCUGUGAGCAUCCUUGGGGGCACAUGGGUGGCUGUCCCAGACCGCGUCCCCACGCGCCCCAUGGGAGGAGGGCUCUCCCUGAUGCUGGUGUGAUUCGGCCGCUGCCUGGAGGGGAGCGGGUGUGCGCCCUGGCCCUUCGUGCCCCCGUGACAGGGGACACUGCUGUCCUGGUGUCUGAGCCGGGUCUCAGCACGGGGAUUCCAGGGGAUCCAGGAACAGGGUGGGGCCCCCAGUCGGUGACAGGUGAGGAUGGUUGUGAUCGGGUUGGGACCUGGGGCUUGAGGUCCUCCU